AUGGCAUCGCGCGGUCGCCCUUCCUUGGCCGACACGUCCAUCGCCAGCUCCAGCGGUGGCGGCGACGUCAGCGCCAGCGGCAGCGGCACAGCCAUGCUCACCCCCUUCGCGGCCCGCAAGCGCCAGACGGGCCGCAAGUCGGUCGGCGGCCAGGCACCGCGGCGUCGUGGGCCCGCGUCCGGCGCCGCCGUCGGAGACGCAUCGACGGCAUCGACGAGUACGCGCAAGAAGCCGCGCUUCAAGCCGGGCACCGUGGCGCUGCGCGAGAUCCGGCGGUACCAGAAGUCGACCGACCUCCUGAUCCGCAAGCUGCCCUUUGCCCGCGUCGUGCGCGAGAUUGCAAACACGUUCAUCACCAAUUACCAGGGCGGCGGCGAGUUUGUCGGGCUGCGGUGGCAGAGCUCGGCCAUCCUCGCGCUCCAAGAGGCCACAGAGGCCUACCUCGUCUCGCUGUUUGAGGAUGCCAACCUGUGCGCGAUCCACGGCAAGAGAGUGACGAUUAUGCAGCGCGACAUCCAGCUGGCCAGGAGGUUGAGAGGCAGGUGGGACGGCCUCGGCUUCUGA